ACCUUCCACUUCCACAUCACUAGUCGUCACUUGUCACCUUACAUUUUCGAGAUAACUUAAUAAUGACAACAACAAAUAAUAAUGGUGAAGCUCUUAAACCAUAACAACAAAUCGACUUCGCAAGAAAGUAAAGAACGUAUGUAUUUGCAUAGUUCAUUAAUACAAUGCAUAUUAGCUAAUUCACAGACAUGAGAGACAGCUUUCACUAUAUUUGAGAAGAUACAAAUUAUAGAGUUUGAGAAGAUAUAUAUAAGCACAUUCUCCAUAAAUCAAACCUGGACAGAAAGAACAUUACAACAAAUAAUUAGUCUUCAACUCAUAUCAACAUUAUAUUUGUCGAUGAUCCAUUCGCUGUAGUGGUAAAUUUUGAAUCAAAAGUUCUAAUUUUAAGACCUGUAAAUUUAUGCACAACCUUCUCUCUCUUCCUUAACCUCCUGUUAGGCAACCAUACAGCAUAUAAUGGUGAUGAUUAAUAAUUUAAUACGUCAAACGAUGGGGGAAGAAAUGGAAUUUAAAAAGAAUGCGCCACGAGCAAAAAACGAAAACCUCCAAACAAACCAGAAAAAUGGUUGAAAUACCAAAUGAAAGCUGCUUCCCAACAACGGCUACACCCUUUUCUCCUGCCUGAUUCGAGUUUCUUGAGAUUCAGCAGAAGCAAACAAUACAACAAUUCCACACAUUUACGUCCUAGCCAUCCACAUCUCCCGCCUGCCAUUUUACCCACCUUGCUUUCUUCCUCCUUUUCUGCAGAUUUCUUAACGUUCUCUGCAAGCACAUUUCUCUGUCCUGUAGUUCAAGAGUACAUUGUCCUGAAGCUACCACCUUUCACUUGCUCCAUACGUACUCAUCCGAGGAUUCUCCUCCUCACCUACCCUUUUUUACAUAUGCUUCCUUCUCCUCAGCUUAAUCGCAAUCAAACUGAUCUUCAGCCUGGUGACUUCUCACUUGUCAGGGAAAUCAAUCAAAACACACUUCUUGAUGAGACCUCAAAUCCUCCCCUCUCUCUACCCAUUUGCUCGUUUCACCUAACACUGAUUCGGGAUUUAGGGUCCUUAAAGCCAAAGCUUGGGUUUGGAUUUCUGCUCUUUUUUCUUCUCUUCUCUUUUGCAUUUCCAAGGACAGAGGGGGGGAGGAAUAACUAUGCCUUUCGGGUUGGUUUCUGCUUGGAACAAGAGAAGGAGAAGCAAGUCCCAGGAUCACAGUGACCCCUGGGUAUACAGGCCUGUGGAGUACUGGAAGCUAGAAGAUCGAACAACCCAACCCACAAAGCGACACCAUGGAUCAUCGGUCUUUACUCUCAAGGAAAUGGAGGACGCUACUUGCUCGUUUAGUGAUGGAAACUUUCUUGGUAAAGGAGGGUUUGGCAGAGUGUACAGAGGAUAUCUGCGAUCUGGAGAGGUAGUAGCAAUCAAGAAGAUGGAGUUGCCUUCGUAUAGAGAAGCUGAAGGGGAAAGAGAGUUUCGUGUCGAAGUCGAUAUCUUGAGCAGACUGGAUCAUCCAAAUUUGGUUUCGCUGAUAGGGUAUUGUGCUGAUAGGAAGCAGAGGUUUCUUGUGUAUGAGUACCUGCCAAAAGGGAAUUUGCAAGAUCACUUGAAUGGAAUAGGGGAAGCAAAGAUGGACUGGACACAAAGGCUAAAAGUGGCCAUUGGAGCAGCACGAGGACUUGCUUAUCUCCAUUCACCAUCUGCUGUUGGUAUACCCAUUGUUCACAGAGACUUUAAAUCCACCAACGUUCUUCUCGGUGCGAACUUUGAAGCCAAGAUUUCUGAUUUCGGUUUGGCUAAGUUGAUGCCAGAGGGCCAGGAGAUCUACGCAACUGCUAUGGUUCUGGGAACAUUUGGCUAUUUUGAUCCAGAGUACACAUCAACAGGAAAGCUCACUCUACAAAGUGAUGUCUACGCAUUUGGAGUGGUUCUUCUUGAGCUAUUGACAGGACGUCGAGCUGUUGACCUAAACCAAGGACCAACUGAUCAAAACCUAGUUCUGCAGGUUAGGCACAUACUGAACGAUCGGAAGAAGCUGAGAAGAGUGAUCGAUCCAGAUAUGCCGCGGAGCUCGUACUCACUGGAAUCUGUAGCCAUGUUUGCUAACUUGGCAUCACGCUGCGUACGGACAGAAAGCAGUGAGAGACCUUCCAUGUCUGAAUGUGUAAAAGAACUCCAAGUGAUUAUCUAUACAAAUAACUCAAAGGGCUCAGGCAUGGGAGGGAAUUCAUUCAAAAUUCUAUCAUAAAGUUCUACCUAUUUAUUAAACACGAGGGCAACUG